CAAAUAAAAAAAAGUACGUUGGGGGUGUAAACAUGUUUUAUCAAAUUAAUAAUUUAGUGCUCUAAAAAUGACUUUUUUCGUUAAGUUUUUGAGCUUUAAACGUUUCUAAAAAGCUAACUUGAAGUGAUAUUAUCCAUAACAUGUGAUAGUUUCAAAAUCAAGUAUAUUUUUCUACAAAAUCUUUCAAUGGCUAGUGACAGCGAUAAAAGUUCGAGUAAUCAUAACUUAGAUGGUUCUCUGAGAAAUACUAAGAACCAAGGAACUACUGGAAAUAUUGGUGAAAGCGGCGAGAAAACAAAUCUGGGUGUGUUUCCUGUGGGCAAAGGAGGCCGGCAUUUAUCGGUUCCAUUUGAUACUUCAACAGCUAACGGUGAAUUGACUAAUAAGAAACAGAAUGGUUCUACGGUGCGCACGAAUAGCCUCGGCUCGGGCGCCCGCACGCCACCUGUCGAGCGGACCAAAUCCAAGUUCUCUGCUUUCGGCAGACUCUUCAAGCCGUGGAAGUGGAAACGGAAAAAGAAAUCGGAGAAGUUUGAAGCUGCUUCUAGAACAUUAGAAAGGAAAAUAUCCGUCCGUGCGAAUAGAGAUGAGUUAGUGCAGAAAGGCAUCCUCUUACCGGAAAGUCCAGUGACGCCCGUGGCUGAAGCAGAUGAGGAAUCAUCGCCGCCGUACAGCGACGAGCGCAGCGAGCCGGGCGGGGGAGCGGGCGGCGGGCCGGACCGCGGGCUCGCCAGCAUGCACGCGGCGCUGCAGGCGCAGCUGGCGUCGCAGCUCGCGCACCAGAACGCGGUGCUCGCCGCCGCCGUCGCCGCCGCGGCGCAGCAGCAGCACCAGAACAAUAAUGUCAUAGAACCAAAGAAAGACAAAUUGGAAAAUGGCGGUGAGCUGAUGAGGCCCGAGCGGCCCAACUCCUUGACAGCGGGAAAGCUUCCGCGGCGGAUAUGCUAUCAAGGAGACGUUGUAGGUGGGUACGGGUCUUCGGGCGUCGACAGGGGCGGGGGCGGCGGCGGCGACGGCGGCGACGAGCCGCUGGUGCUCUCAGAGCUGCCGGAGCCGCCGAUCGCGGUGUCCGAGAUCGGGCCCAUUCCGCCGCCGCCCAUGUUCAGCUCGCCCAGCCCUACGAGGCACCAGCACCAACAUCACCACCACCAACACGCCAUCAUUCAACAUCCUCUCUCUGACUCCGAAGAGGAGGACGAACAGGAGGAAGAUAUUGAACCCUUAAACCUAGGCGCGGACACCAACAGAGUAGAAGAGAUCCCACCUAAGGAGCCGAGCUUCAACGCGGUGCCGCUCAAGUCUGCGCUCAAGAAGCGGCCCGCGCCCGCCGCCUCGCCCGCCGCCACGCCGCUCGCCACGCCGCUCGCGCCGCGACAAGACCAUCACCAUGCCAGCUUCAACACCCGUCCUGUGCGCGUGGGCAACGCGCUAGAAAACAAAGAGAACGCGCGACCGUGGGCCGAGGGCGGCGAGUACCGCGACGACUACGCCACGGAGUCGGAGCGCGUGGCUGCCAAGCUGGCCCGCAAGGAGAGCCUCAACAUCAAGCUGGCGCUGCGGCCCGACCGACAGGAGCUUAUAAACAGGUCAGUCAUUAGCAGAGCCAGAGAACAGAGACAACGCGCGGCCGAGGGCGGCGAGUACCGCGACGACUACGCCACGGAGUCGGAGCGCGUGGCCGCCAAGCUGGCCCGCAAGGAGAGCCUCAACAUCAAGCUGGCGCUGCGGCCCGACCGACAGGAGCUUAUAAACAGAAAUAUAUUGGUGGUGCAGAGCGAGCACGAGCGCCAGGAGUCGUGGGAGGCGAUCGGCGCGCGCCUCAUCCGCCGCCUGUCCAUGCGGCCCACCGCCGACGAGCUGGUCGAGAGGAACAUAUUGAAGAGUCAAUCACCCGCUGAAGAAAAGAAACAAAAGGAAGAGAAGAAGAGGUAUUUGUUACGCAAGCUCAGUUUCCGGCCCACAGUAGAUGAACUCAAAGAGAAGAAGAUCAUAAGAUUUAGUGAUUACAUCGAAGUAACACAGGCGCACGACUAUGACCGCCGCGCGGACAAGCCUUGGACGCGGCUGACGCCGCGAGACAAGGCGGCCAUCCGCCGCGAACUCAACGAGUUCAAGAGCUCCGAAAUGGCUGUGCACGAGGAAAGCAAGCACCUCACGAGGUUCCAUAGGCCAUGACGGCUGUGCCUUACAGCGGGCGCGGGCGCGGUGGGCCUGUGUCCGCCCGCCAUCGCUCACCUAACUCUUGUAUCGUAGUUAUUGCCGAGUACAAUUUAUUAAUUAUUAUUAUUAAAACGUUAUGUUAAGUUCAAGUAUUCUAAGCGUACCUAUACAUUCUUUGAAUUGACCUUCGCGAAAGGUUAGUGAUACUGAUUAUUGUGGUCGAGAUUAUGCGCUUCGAAGCUCGGUGAACUGUGAGAUUUACGAGUGAAUUAUUUUGAUAUGUGAGACGUAUCCGAUUAUAGAGUUUUUGUAGUCUUGUGAUUUUUUCUUAUAUUGCUAGCUUUUAGCUUCGUAGUCGUUAAGCUAGAUUCGAUUUGAAUACAUAUUUAUUUCGUAUUGAAUUUCUAUUUUACGGUCACAAUUCGAUUGUUUUAAAUAAUUUCACUUUUUGAAUUACGUAGUGUUAGCGACUUACGUUGGACGCCUUCCGUUUGUUUGCACGUUUACGAAAAUGCAAUGACUAAGUACACAGCGGAUUUUCGCUCUCCAUCUGGAUUAGACCAUGAGAUACUACCACUGAUUUUCAUAACUUGUGCGACAGUCACAAACGCCUGUCAACUGAAUCGCCUCUUACAUACAAUUGGAAAUGCCAGAUAUGUUUUGUAAAUGUUUGUUGACGUGAGGAUAUACGUAGGUGUUAUAUUGGUUACGGUUGUGCGACACCUUGUCGCUCGAUUUCUUUCAUCACUCCAGUCUAAUGAACUAAAUAUCUUAGAAGUGCUUCCAAAUGCUGUGCAACGUAACAAUAAAUCAUUAAAUAUGGGACUCCGUUCCUUAUGUAUAAUAGAAGAUUUAUAAAAAUAGUACUCUCAGUAGCAAUUUGGUAUCUAUUAAAAGUAUGCACAACUAUUAGUUUGCUCAACUAAAGAUUUCUCUGCAUGAUCAAAGUUUUCUUUUUUCGUAUUUUAGACUAAUAUAUCACCUACUAUCUUUUAUCACAAUGCAAAUAUCUAUAUUUGUAAUUUUAAAAAUUUGUUGAUAAGAGUAGUUAUUUUCAUAAUACGCUUCUAAAUCGAAGUACCUAUGUAUAUUUAUAUCAUAAUCAUUAAUUUUUGUAAUUGUAUAAUCUCCGCGUGAUGUGCAGUAACCGAUAAUAAUCGAUAUAUUAUGGUAGUUUACUUUGUGAAAUUGUUUACGUAUAAGGCGUAUGGUCCAGUACUGCUAUUCCUACAGGGAGAGUCGGCGGCCGGCGAUGGCGCCGAGAGGAUGGCUGAGGGCACUCGUGGUCUCCUGGUCGCUCUAGCCUAGCUCUUAUUUAGGGUACUCAAAAUUGAACGAAGUAUUCAAGUAAACAACUAAUUAAUUGAUCGAAUAACUCUAAAAUGUAGGUGUUAAUUAAUAAUGUUACGCCUUCUGAGAUUACGUUAUGGUUCGAUAUUGUAAAUGUUUGCGUAUGUUUUGGUAAAGACGGUAAUUGUAAUUUAGAAUGACUUGAUAAUAUAAUGAGCAAUAAUUCUGCUGUCGGUCUGUUUCGAUUGUUUAAAGUUUUAACGUUGAGAUUUUUUUACAUUACUGUAUAGGUGAUUACUUCGUAGUGUAACUAAUAGAUAGGGAUCAGUUAAAUAAAUCAUUUUUAUAAAAACGAUAUAUUGUUCAGUAGCGGUGCCAUUACUCGUGAAGUCGUGACGUGUUCGGGAUCCAAUCGAUAAUCACAUUGUUGUUGAAUAUGAUAUCUUAGGAGUACUUGUCAGUGUUAAGGGAUGAUACGCGCACCAAGUAGGGCCGAGGUCAUUGGUCUCGCAGACGUUGUAAUGGAUAUUGUGGCAUUACAAUACAUGUAACAUCAUCUCGCACGCCCGUGCAGUUCGCAUUACUAAGCCACCUCACAAUAAUAUAGGUCAAACAGGUUCAUAAUACGCAGAAAAAUAAUGAUAGCAGGUUACAACAAAAUGUUUAUACAAUGGUUAUUCUUGAGACCAUUCCAUUAUAGAAUAAAGUGGAAGCCAAAAUGACGACUUAUUUUUCUAAACGAUUUUGUUAGAUUUGCAAUUAAAAUAUUAAGGUAACAUGUAGAUGUUUAUCGAUAUAUUAUAAUAUUAAGACAUUCAGAUUCCCAAAGAUCUAAGGCUCAACUAAAUUCUUUUAGCUAGCUUUCAUAUUGCCAUUGUUAUCGUAUAUAAUGUAUAUUGCGAUAAUGUACGUACGUCUUGACCGACACAAAUUCGUCUAAAGUGUGAAUAUAAUUCUGCAGACAUCACAAUAUAUAGCGUGUAUAUAAAUAAAAUUACUUUUACCAUUAAAAUGUGAUACGAUUUUUAAUUUAGCAACUUUGUAUUACUUUAGACUUUUGAAAAUACAUACAUUUAUGUAUAAUAUAUUAUUAUAUUAUGUAUAAUCCAUCAUCGCUUUUUUAAAACUCUAGGUGGUGCUCCCUGAGCUGCGUAACAAUAAGUAUAAUCAUUGUUGUUGUCGCGCACACCACACAAUACUCAUGCGGGAAUUUGUACUACAAACUUGAAUAUAAAUAAAUACGCCUGUGACCACAAUGCAAUUUAUUAAAACCAUGCAUACGGAUUUUUUAAAAGAUUGAAGCUUUUACGAGCUUCAGGAUACAAGUCUCACGUUGUAUUACUUAGAGUCGUUAAAGGACGUAUAAAUAUGAACAUGGCAACAAAGUCUAAUGUGAUAAGGAUGUUUCUAAAGCAAUUAUAUCGAUAAACAUUAUUUUUAAUGAUGUCUGUAUAUAAUUUUAAUAUCGUGUACAUUAUGGAAUCUCUUUUAUUUCCAUUGAUAUCGUGCGUAUCAUUUGUGCUAUUAUUACAUUAAUAUAAUUGCUAACUUCAGUAAACUGUAUACUGUUGCUUUUAUUUUGAAUAUCGUGUAAAUUAUUAAUGACAUGCUGUAAUGAGUAUAUUUACUGAUAGCCAUAAAAUUACUUGUUUUAUAUAACAUAAGUCUGUAAAUAUCAUGAUUAUACAUUAAGUUUUAUACUUGA